AUGUGGGAGUUACUGCAAAGCUUCACACCAGCACGUAUAGUAAAUGUUAGCAGUCAUGUUCACAGAAGAUUUGCUCCUGAGAGUGGACUUGAUUUCGGAAAAUUAAAUGAUCCAAAUGCACUGGGCUCAAUGCAAUGUUAUGGUCAAUCAAAGCUUGCAAAUAUUUUAUUUACUAACGAAUUGGAUAAACGAUACCAUGAAGGGAAGCAAAUAUAUGCUAACUCUCUUCGUCCAGGAGUCGUAGAUACAAAAUUGAUAAAAGAGAGAUAUAUAUCAUUGCCAGAAGAGUUUGUUUCAUCUUCAAUCACACCUGAUGAUGGAGCUAUUACUACUUUAUAUUGUUCUACAAGUCCAGAAAUUGAAGAAAAAUUAUCGAACAAAAUAUUUUGA